CGAGCGGGGAGUCAGCUGGUCAGUGUGAAAGUGAAUUGAAAGAGCCAAUGCGAGUGCGAGUGUGUGUGUAUGUGUGUGACAGAGUGUGUAUGAGUCACAACCUGAGCGCUUUAGUACUUUGGAGUUUUGUUUUUGCUGCGAUUGUAUAGAUUGUGUAUUUUUGUGGACACGCUCCUCUCAACGACCCGGAAUCAAAGCGUGCCACGGCUCGGGUGUCAUUCGUCGUGCUCCAGCGUUCCCGAGGUAAGCAGAGACGGGUGGAUGCAGUGAUUCCCUGCAGAGAAGGCAGCACCUGAAACGGAGAGGGGGAGAGAGAGCGAGAGCACCAUGGCUUUAGCAGGAUGUCCAGACUACUUCCUGCCGCACCCAAACUACCAGGAAGCAGUGGAUCGGACUCCUGCUCACAGGCCAGAGGAAGGUUUUCAGCGCACAGACAAGCGCACCCAUCAUCAUGAUGAUGACGUGGACCUGGAGCAGCUGGUCAACGAGAUGAACGCGUCGGCGGAGAGCGUGCACGCUGCGGCGGCCGCGUGUGCGGACACCGUGCCGCUGCUACACAACGGCCUCACCCACCGUCCCCACCACCCCCACCCCCAGCAGCAGCAGCCCCGGCCCCGCCCCAGUCUGCAGCAGCAUGUCCCGGGGGGCCACAGCCACGCCCAGCGGCCGCUGCCCCAGUCGUCCAGCCGGGGGGCGCUGCCUCACUCACUGCCCAUGCAGAUCCAGGCCGUCAGGCGGCUCCAGGGAGAGCACCAGGUCCGUCCGUCCUCGCUGCCUGCCAUCCCCAACCCCUUCCCUGAGCUCUGCAGCCCCUCGGGUUCCCCCAUCCUCAGCCCCAUCCAGAUCUCCGACAACCACAUAGUGAAGGUCUGGAGCGAGGAUGGAGCAGGGAAAGUUCUUGAGAUCCUGGCCGAAAUGACGGCCCGUGACGUCUGCCAACUCCUGGUCUACAAGAGCCACUGUCUGGACGACAACUGCUGGACCCUCGUGGAGCAUUACCCCCUGCUGGGCCUGGAGAGGUGUGUGGAGGACCAUGAGCUGGUGGUGCAGGUGCAGCUUUCUAUGGGCAGCGAGGGCAAAUUCCUCUUCAGGAAGAACUUUGCCAAAUAUGAAUUCUUCAGGAACCCCCUGAACUUCUUCCCAGAGCAGAUGGUCGCGUGGUGUCAGGAGUCCAACGGUUCCAUUCCCCCCUCGCAGCUCUUACAGAACUUCCUGGACUCCAGCAGCUGCCCCGAGAUCCAGGGCCACCUCUACCUGAGGGAGACGGGCCGGCGCUCCUGGAAGAAGCUCUACAUGUUCCUGCGGCGCUCCGGCCUGUACUACUCCACCAAGGGAACGUCCAAGGAACCCAGACACCUCCAGCUGCUGGCCGACCUAGAGGACAACAAUAUGUUCACGGCGGUGACGGCGAGGAAGGCCCACAACGCCCCCACAGACUACCAGUUCAGCAUCAAGCCCAGCAAGGCGAGGAGCGAGUGCAAGGAGCUGAAGAUGCUGUGUGCCGAAGACGAACAGAGCCGGACCUGCUGGACCACCGCCUUCAGGCUGCUGAAGCAUGGGAUCUCACUCUAUCACAACUACACCGGCCCGCAGUCAAAGAAGCCCCCCCUCUCGUCAGUGCAUCCCCCGCAGCGAAGCGUGUCGGAGAACUCCCUGGUGGCCAUGGACUUCUCCGGGAGGACGGGCCGGGUCAUCGACAACCCCGCUGAGGCCCAGAGCGCCGCCAUGGAGGAGGGACAGAGCUGGAGGAAACGGAGCCAGCGUCUCAACGUCCUGGGCAGCCCCGGUCCCCUUCACACCCCCUCUCUCAGCGCAGUGAUCCACAGAACCCAGCUGUGGUUCCACGGCCGCAUCGUGCGAGAGGAAGCCCAAAGAAUGAUGGUCCAGCAGGGCCAGGUGGACGGGUUGUUCCUGUUGAGGGACAGCCAGAGCAACCCUAAGGCCUUCGUGCUGACGCUGUGUCACCACCAGAAGACCAAGCACUUUCAGAUCCUGCCGUAUGAAGAGGAGGGCCAGGUGUUCUUCAGCCUGGACGACGGUGCCACCAAGUUCACAGACCUUAUCCACCUGGUGGACUUCUACGAGCUGAACCGUGGCGUGCUGCCCUGCCGCCUCAAACACCCCUGCACCGCCGUAGCCUUGUGACACUACCCCCUUCCUGUGACCCCCUGGACCCCAACUCCCACUCCCCAACACGCAGACACAAACCAACCACCUUAACCUUCUUCCAUCUGUAGACUUUGAAUGUACAGACGCCAAAAUACACACAAACACGUACAUGCAUACGCACACGCAUACACACAUACACACACAUUUUUGGAUAUUUCAGCAUUCCCCAACCCCUUCCCUGGGCCAGAUAAGCUAUGGUGCCCCCUUCCCCCCCUUCCCCUUUGGGGCACCCACCCUUCCACUAGCCCAUCGAUUAUCAGGGAUAGACAAACGGAGACCCCUGUAGUGGGUCCUGGAGAUUUCUGAAAACCUGUGCAGUCCAGUCUGGAUAAGCUGACCCCAUAACCCCUCCUCCGUCCCCCUACCCAACCCAAACAGACCUUGACGUGGCCUCGUGCGCUACAGCACAUGCACCAACACACCCACCCCCACAAACCCACACGCAUAUGUACACAAGACACUUGAUGUGUAGCCACACCGCGAGCCAGGCGACAGCAGGCAUUACCAGAGGAAUGUUUAGCAGGAAGGCCCAGACUGACCUUCCCUUUAGAGUUGAUUCAUUGAUGUCAAUUUUUUUUAUUUUAACGAAUGCUGUUUUAAUUGCUGUUAAGUCAAUGCAAAAGUAGUUUCUCUUGUUUUGCACUCCCGGGGGAGAUAGUAGUGAGCUGUUGCCUCAAUCUGAAAUGAAAUCGUUCAGCUUCUAGGUUUUUUCUUUUCUUUGGUAAAGGGGCGACCACAUCAUCUUCAUCAUAGUAAACCCCCCCCCCCCCCAGGAUCACACGUGAGUGCACCUAAACACUAUGAAAGUGUGACAGUGAAAACGUGUGUGAGUUCUUUCCCUGGGUUGAACUGCUUCUGAGAAAUGUCGGGUUUUGGGGGUUUCUCAGAUUCAACAACGGCAGAAGAAGAUUGUGCUUUGGAAAUUAGAUUUGAGCAAAACUCUAUCAACCCUCCCCUUGCUUAAUAUUCUUAAAAAAAAAUCUACUUUUUGGUUUGACUGUUUAAAAUGUAUAGAGUCUAAAAGGAUCUGAAAGUUUUUCUCAAUUUGUAUUGGGGUUGUGUGUGAAUGUCCUUUCCCCUUUCCUCGAUUUCCGUUCUAAACCUCACUGCUUGCACAUUGUGAAUUUUCUGUUUGGUUGGUGGGGUUUGUGUGUUUGUGCAUGCGUUUUUGUAUGUGUGUUCCGAGGAUUUGGGGACGCAUGUGCAAUUUUUUUUCAAGGAAGGACCCCGGGCGAGGAUAGUUUGAGUAAGCGUGACCACUCCUGCAGUUUCUGCCAGAUAAAAAAAAAAGUAACGUCCUCUUUAUUAUUCUUUACUUUAUUGAACAAAACUUGACUUGAAUGUGGACAAUGUUGACUGCCUAUCCAAACAGUCCGGUUUCGCACGCCUUAUGUGAAAUUAUGAGCCUUUCAAAAGAAAAGAAAAUCAAAACUUGAUCCUUUGCUUUUAGAUCAACAGCUGUCUAGUUUGACAAAAAUUGACAUUGUUAGCUUACCUUUUUUUGUUCACUCCGUUAGAUAACAUGUAAAUAAUAGAAUUGCCUAGACCGCGGUAAACCAACAGAAAUACAUCAACAACACAAGAAAGAAUCCGGAAUGGAGGCCCAGCAAUCAAUUUUGUUGGGAUGCCAAACAUGGCUAUCGAGUUCUAUCUGACGUUCAUGUGACUAGCACACUUGGGAGCUGUGUGUGUGUUUGUGUGUGUGUGUGUGUGUGUGUGUGACAUCACACCAACUGAAACAGACUUACCCGCCUAUCAUCCAUCCUGUGCCAGAUUUACAGUCAAUAGGGUUAGCACUAAGUCGUGGAGCUACCUAACCAGGCUCUCCCGUCUCUCUCCCUGUCUCUCUCCAACCCUGGGCCUCGUUAAGUACUAACCUCACUGACUUUACGGCAAGGCACCUCCACCAAUCAGGCGAUAGUCAGCCAGGACGGACUCCAGGAACUGGAUAAUGCUUGAACACUCCCCACCCCCAGCCCCUACUCCUGUCCAGCCAGUAAGCUACUAGACUGUGGCAAAUGUGUGCGGUUUGCCAGAACUUAAAUAUAUAUAUAUAAAUAUAUAUAAAUAUUAUAACUUUUAAUACAACUUUGUCCUAGUUUUUCUCCCUGUUUCCUUGUUUGGUCCUUGUCAUUUUUGUUUGUAUUUUUCUGUCCUGUGAACACAGCAGUUGGUGUGUGUGGGAGGGGGGGGGGGGGGGUCGUGGUCCUGGCCCACCACAGUCGCCCAACCUCCUAGAAGGGGGAUCAUCCUGUUUCUUCCAUACAAAGGAAGCCCUCUUUUAUCAUUUUUACACCGCACUCUUGAUUCCCCUCCACCCUUCCUUAAUCACUGUGCUGUUCUACACACCAGUAGUCACACAUGGUGUACAAUGUUUUUUAGCUUUUUUUUCAAUUUCUUUCUUCUAAGUAUGUGAAGCAACAGCAAAGACGUAGAUAUCACACUGUACCUUGGUCACCCAACACACAGAUCACUAUGCACGGGCCGCUGUGAUUGUGCUCAAAUCUCUGUGUAAAAAGAAUGAAGAAUGAUAUUUCUUUUCCUUUUUUUUCUUUGGGUUGUAUGUGUAUAUUGACAUUAUUGUAUAUUUUCUUUUUUUUGGCCACAAAAUUACAUUUUAUAGAAAUAUAUAUCAGAAAAAAAUAUACCACAGUAUAUACAGUAUUAAAUUAAGCUUAAUUUUGUUUUUUAAUGGUGAUCAAACUGGAUUUUAUUAUUUUCGGUUUGUGUUCGAACUAUUCAAUAUGGCUUCCUAGACUUCCAAGAUUCUGAGGCCGAUUGCUUUUAGAGGCUCGCAAAAUAUCUCCUGUGAUUCAAUCUGCCAGUUUCAAUUCUCUUUUUAGUUUAAUCCCGGCUUCCUAUUUGUCUGGAAUUCGGAGCAUUGACACACGUUGACCCCCCCCCCCCCCCCACCCACCCCCCACCUCCACCACCACCACCACCAAUGCACUACUACAUUGUAGCCCUAUAUUAAGUGACAAACUAACAGAAUUAGUUUACUCCACAUUUUCAGCUGCAGUCUGUGGGUACAAGAUUGUUUCUGGAACUUAUUCUUUGUGUAUUUUCAUUGUAGGUAUAGGCCCAUCAAUUUCAGCUGGUGCCUCUUUUUUUAUGAAGUGUUCCGAUACAGCCUCUAGCCAGCCUGCUAGAUUUAUCUUGACGUGAAUUGCAUACACGCAUCAACAUUGGGGAUUUUUCUAUAUAGGACGCACCCCCUGCCUUUAAUAGCAAAAACAUCUUGAUUUCAAGUACUUAUAAGCUUUUUUUUUUUCUUUUUUAAGUGAUAUCAACAUUUCAGGGAAUUAAAAGUAAUAUUAAAUGGACCAUAUUCAGUGAAACAAAACAAAAAGUGUGCUUCACCUGAUUCUGGGAAAAAAAAUGUCUGUAUGGCUCCUGAAUUUAUUAAAUGUGUUCUGUUCAGGUAUUUUUGUACAAAUAAGGGACUGAUAUAUUCUCUGUUUAAUGGAAAUCAGAAUAAAAGACCACAUUGCUAUGAAACAAAUAACCGGUGCUUUGCCAGGUGUGAUCUUUGCUACCUUUCUUUGCUACACCAACAAAUAAACAAAUUGCAAUAACA